AUGCAAGCACGACCAACCAAAAUCAAGAUCCGUCUCCCAGAUGACUUCAAUGGAGACAGGAAGAAGACCCGAACGUUUUACCUUGCCACUCAACUAUACAUGAUGGCAAACAAGCACAUCUACGACACCGACGAGAAGAAGAUCACAUUCUUCAUCUCCUUCUUGAAAGAAGGAACUGCUGGCCCAUGGGCUGAGGCACAGAUGACGAAGGCAUUCACCAAUGACCAAGGAUUUGGCACAUGGGAAGCCUUCACAACACGAUUCCUAAAUGCCUUCACCGAGGCAGACACUGCUGGAGAUGUGAGAGCCAAAUUGCGCGUACUACGCCAGACAGCAAUGGCAGAUGAAUACAUUCUCCGGGACCCGCGGACACUUCUAUUGAGGGGCGUUGUCCUCAUUGCAUAUCACCGCAUGUUGACCGCACAAUGCAGAAUCACUGAAGACGUAUCUCUGAUCGAGUACUUCCAAGAGGGACUCCAGAACAAGCUAGUUGAGAAGGUCUACAGCAUGGAGCGCAUGCCUAAGACGAUCGAAGAAUGGUACGAAGCCACAUCCCGAUUUGACAAUCAGUAUCAACGGGCGAGAGCGGUCAUCAACCGAUACAAGGGAGUUGGACAGACCAGCAACCUUGUCACCCCAAGGUACACUCCUCCCUCUAAAGACCCCAAUGCCAUGGAUGUCGAUCGCCUAUCGACCAGUGACAGAGAGAAGUACAUGAAGGAAGGACGAUGCUUCACCUGUGGUCAGACUGGCCACAGAGCUGCCGAUCACAAGCAGGACAAAGGGAGACAGCCAGAGAGAAGGCCUGUCCGUACCACAGAAAUCAAAGAAGACUCAACCAAAGAAGUGUCUAAUGUCACCAAGAUCAAAGCCAUGAUGGCAGAACUUGAAGAGAACGACAAGAUCAAACUUCUCGAAGAAAUGACGGAGAAGGAUUUUGCCUAA